CUGAACACCAAUUCGCAGCCUACACCUACGACCAGUACCGGGCUUCAAGAUGGGAUCUUCAAGAGCUGUGCGGACCGAUAAGUCGCAUCUACCGUUCAAGACGGGCAACAAAACGAAACGUCACGAACUUCACGUCAAGCAGAAAAAAGCUAGGGACAGCCUCAAGCGGGAUGAGAGGUUCCGGAGGAGAAGAGAGGAAGAGAAGAACCCACAGCUGAGAGAAGAACGUCUCGCGCGGAAUGUGCCAAUUACAAUUGAUCAGAAGCGGACGUGGGACCAAGUUGGAGGGGACGAAGAGGAUGCAUUGGGGCUUGCGGUCGACGUAGACCGAAUAAAACGGCAGAAGACUGAGGUGCAGGAGAAGGAAGCUGAUCAGGAAGACGAAGAAGAUGAAGAGGAGGAGAUUGAGGAGCGUGACAGUGACCUGGAUAGUAUGUUGGACGAGGACGAAGAUAAGGAAGACUCUUCAGACGAGGACAACGACAAGGGCAAACGAAAGCGAAAGGAACGGGUUCUCCCUCGCCGCGCAAUAAGCCCGACGAGCACCACAGGCACGAAUAUGGAUCUCACCCCCGAGGGCUUAGUGGCGAAGUUUCCGACGCUGUUUGCUGCACAAGAAAGGGACCCAAAGGUUCUCGUCACGACGUCUAUCAAUAGCAACCUCCACUACGAGGCCGAAUUGAUAUGCAGCCUAUUCCCUAAUAGCAACUAUAUCAGACGUACAGCGCAUUUCAACGCGCACAAAUACUCAGUCCGGGAGAUUGCCAAGUUCGCUGCGAAUAGGGAAUACACCACCUUGGUCAUUCUCAUGGAAGAUCAAAAGAAACCCGAGGGGCUGGAUAUCGUACAUCUCCCAUCCGGCCCCAUGUUCCACUUCACCAUCUCAAACUGGGUGGAGGGUCGGAAAUUACCCGGCCAUGGUAACCCGACCAACCACUACCCAGAACUCAUCCUCAACAACUUCCGGACGCCGCUCGGAUUGUUGACAGCGCAUCUCUUCAAGACCAUCUUCCCACCGCAGCCAGAAGUUCAGGGUAGGCAGGUUGUAACGCUUCACAAUCAGCGCGACUACAUCUUUGUUCGGAGACAUCGAUACGUAUUUCGCGACAAGCGAGCCUCAGAAAAAUCAAUUCUCGACAAGGACGGCAAGCCAAUGAAGGGGGCGGAGGAGAUUAGGGCAGGGCUUCAAGAGUUGGGGCCAAGAUUCACACUGAAACUGAGGAGGGUAGAUAGGAACAUUCAACGGGCGAGCGGCCAGGAAUGGGAAUGGAAGUCGAAGAUGGAGAAGGUCCGCACGAGGUUCCAGCUUUAGAGAGCUCUGGAAAGCCGACAGUUGCUUCUAGUGUAGUUGACACGAGUUCCAGCAAUGAUGAUACCCAAAGAGCCCCCUUGCAUCUAAGUCGUGUGUAGUUCUCUUCUUUUGAAGCACCAUGUGAGCAGUAUGGGCGCCCCGAAAGCCGUUACUCAACUCGUAUCAUGAUUCUAUGAUUGACUGUUCUAAGCGUCCUGGACGCGCCUACGAAAGCAUGCCUGGGUAUAGCAAAUGAUUAAAACAGGAGAAAAACGAC